AUGAAGGUCCCCCUGGCUUUGGCUGAAAUCGUGAGCGAUUUCGCUGGAAUGCGACAAACGCCGGUGAAACGAUGUCGAUGUGAUGUGAAUAUGUGUCAUGGUUGCUCGCGGGUUGGUUCGCGAGCCGCGUCGCGUGCUGCGUCGCGUGCUGCGUCGCGUGCGCCGUCUGGUAGAUCAACGCCGCAGCGCAAGUUGAGUGGGGAUUUGGGGCAAAAUGGACAGGGACAGAAUCGAUUGAAGAUUAUGGUGGGCACGGUGAGUUGGUGGGCGGGGCUUGGGUACUGUAGAUUUUUGAAUUCUGAUUUUUCGCGCUAAAAGUUUCCUGGGUUACUGUAAAAUUUCUUGUGUCAAAAAAAGUUCCAAAAAUUUGGAUCAGAAAAUUACAGGGCUAGAAAAAUGUUCCUUAAGGCCCUAAGGUCCCCUAAGGCCCCCCCCCUAAGGCCCCCCUAAGGCCCCCCUAAGGCCCCCUAAGGCCCCCUAAGGCCCCCCUAAGGCCCCCCCCUAAGGCUCCCCUAAGGCCCUCUCAGGUCCUCCUAAGGCCCCCCUAAGGCCCCCUAAGGUCCCCUAAGGUCCCCUAAGACCCUCUAAGGCUCUUUAAAAGCGCCUAAGGUCCCCUAAAGCACCCUAAGGCACCCUAAGACCCCCUAAGACCCCCUAAGACCCCGUAAGGUCCCCUAAGGUCCCCUAAGGUCCCCUAAGGUCCCCUAAGGUCCCCUAAGGUCCCCUAAGGUCCCCUAAGGUCCCCUAAGGUCCCCUAAGGUCCUCUAAGGUCCCCUAAGGUCCAUUAAGGUCCCCUAAGGUCCCCUAAGGUCCCCUAAGGUCCCCUAAGGUCCCCUAAGGUCCCCUAAGGUCCCCUAAGGUCCCCUAAGGUCCCCUAAGGUCCCCUAAGGUCCCCUAAGGUCCCCUAAGAUCCUCUAAGGUCCCCUAAGGUCCCCUAAGGUCCCCUAAGGUCCCCUAAGGUCCCCUAAGGUCCCCUAAGGUCCCCUAAGGUCCCCUAAGGUCCCCUAAGGUCCCCUAAGAUCCCCUAAGGUCCCCUAAGGUCCCCUAAGGUCCUCUAAGGUCCCCUAAGGUCCCCUAAGGUCCAUUAAGGUCCCCUAAGGUCCCCUAAGGUCCCCUAAGGUCCCCUAAGAUCCCCAAAAAUCCCAAAUUUUUCCAGGAAGAAAUCCCGACCAGCGGCUCAACCACGCCCAGAACCUACGACUCAAAUCAAGCCCUCCACGGCCUCUCCUACUACCACCAUCGUCACCACAAAACCCACCCACAUCAUUCACACCAAGAAGAGCUGCGACGCCAAGCGAUGAGCACAUCAGCCUGCGCAAAAGCUCUCAAUGAAAAGCUGAAACUGGUGAAGAAGAAGCGAGAUAGCGAAAGUCAACAGGGAUCUGCGGAUUGUGAGGAUGUUCCGGAGAAAUUGGAAGAAAAUUCGAGAAGUUUGGUCAAAAAUGCGUCGUUUAUCACUUUAACUUGA